AUGCCGGAACAUCAACAGAAGAAUUUGGCCGUGUACAUGUUGUGCGUUUUGCUGGCUGCUCUCACCGUGUUUCAGAUAUAUGUGAGUGAAAACAGCACAACACAGCAAAUACAAGACCGGAAAUUUCUAGAGGAGGUAACGAACGCCCGUAUGCAAGCGCAUCCAUCCAAUUCGGAACAAAGCAAGGAUGUUGGCCAAUACAAAGUAACUGGUGGACAAACCGAUUCCAAAGUACAAUGUUUUGAAGAGAUGGAAAUCCUCAACGAUAGACUUUCUCUGUUGGAGCAGCUCAACUUCGACAAGCUCGGACCGACCGAUUAUGCGGCGCGGGUCUUUGGUGGAGAGGUCGUGUCGGUCGUUCCAACAUCGCGGCAUCGUGGCUCCCUUCUGAGUCGUGUUCGUACGGCGUUUUCUUCGAUGUACGACAACUACUAUCAGAUGCAGUGCAUUAUACAGGACUGUGGUACAUGCUUUGCACUCGAGGGAAGCUCCGGAUCGAUAGUGAUUAAACUGGUGAAGAGUGUCGCCUUGAACGCAAUUACGAUUGAACACAUCCCAAAAUCAGCGCUGCCAGUUAGGACGGAUGUUUACAGUGCUUUGAAAGAGUUUUCCGUUUGGGGCAUCAACAAUCCAGAGAGCACCGGGAAGGAGAUUUACUUCGGGACCUACACCUUUGAUUAUAUGACCACGUUUUUAGAAACGUUUGAACUCGAUCUGGAUCAACCAGUGUCUGGUGUUCGUUUUGUGAGAGUUGAUAUCCAUUCCAAUCAUGGGGAAAAGUUUACCUGCAUUUACCGGAUUCGUGUACAUGGAACACCGGAAGAAUGAUUCUACUUGAAUUGUUGGAGGAAUCUUGUAAAUGACAGAAAACUGUCAUCAUCACAAUAUUUUAACAUGUAAAAUAUCAAAAUAUGCUUCCUCACAAUGCAAAAAAUAUGUGCUUAAAAUCCUUCAUUCAUCAGAAAUAACUGUAUUUUUGUAGUUUUUGCGAACUAGGCA